CCUUCUUUUUCUCUACUAUCUUUCGGCUCGGUCUUUGAGGCUUCUUCGCUCUUUUACUAUAUGCGAUUAUCUUUGGAAUAUUAGUGUUGACUACUACAACAACAACUUGGAUAACUUUCAUUCAUUCAUUACUAUUCUACAACCUCCAACACAAACCAUCCAAACCACCCACCCAAACCUCCAUCAUGGGCGUCGGUCGUGAAGCCAUCAUCUUCUUCGUCAUCCUCGGCUGCGUGGCAGCCACCAUCGCAGGCUACUCCAUCCACUUCCUCAUGACGAACGGGUUCUACGGCACAGAAAGAAACCUGGAUUGCACCCCGGAGCAAAGAGUCUACAUGCGGCAGCUACGACUACGAGACCUACACUGGAUGGCACGAGACCAUGGUCUGAAAUACGAAGUCCCGGUCCCUCCGGUAUAAGGGCUAGUUUACAUUCAUAUGUUGGGGUUACACAUUGGUUGCAUUUACGGGGGAACGGCAAUGGCGUUUGGGUCUGCGGGAUAUAAAUUGGGAUAGUCAAGUGUGUUCAUUAUACAUAGCAGUCUAUGGCAUUUACAUUGAUCUGGGUGGAUCCUGUAAGUAUUAGUGCAUGUUUAUUGUUUAUUAAGUUUGCUUGGGUUCGAUUCCGAAACGUGGUUGAUACUAGGGACCUACGGGGCGCUUUAGCUUUCUUUGCGGAGGGCUGUCUAGCAAUCUCUGGCGGGAACUUGUGUUGAGAUUUUGAGAUUUUGAGAUUAUGAGACUAACCCCAGGCGCGGGUUAUCUUGCCUCGUGGUUUAUUUUAAGCCUUUUUCUUGUCC